AUGUUCUACGCCACACUCCGACAAGCCUAUCUUUUAUCGCCUCUGUAUGCCAGUCGUAUAUCGUCCAGGACUGUCCUCUUCAUGGCUGUUCCUCAAGCCUUCCUCACUAAGCGGAAGCUGAAAAACGUCUUUGGGAAGUCUGUCAGACGAAUAUGGAUUACCACAGACUGCAAAAAGCUGGACGAUCUAGUCAGCAGAAGAGACAAAUUAGCGCUACGACUCGAGGAGAUGGAAACACGCCUGAUCAAAUCGGCUAAUUCUGCGAGAUCUAAAGCUAUUAAAUUGCAGAAAAGGGAUGAGGAAUCUGCCAUCCCAGAUGGAGCGGAUCAUGACCUCGAUUCUGUUGCAUGGGAAGGCAAAGUGAAACGACCCACACACCGACUUCAUUUCUUCAUGGGCAAGAAGGUUGACACCAUAGAAUGGCUUCGGUCUGAACUUGAAAGAGUCCUUCCAGAAGUCAAAAAGCUGCAGAAGAAACACCGGGAAGGCGAUGCAAAGUCCAUCCCAGCAGUGUUUAUUGAAUUCGAUACGCAAUCAGCUGCGCAGACGGCUUUUCAAACGCUUUCUCACCACCAACCUUUUCAAAUGACUCCCCGUUUUAUUGGAGUUACACCUCAUCAAAUCGUUUGGCCUGCUUUACAAUACAGCUGGUGGGCCCGAAUUGUUCGGAAGUUCCUGAUUCAAGGGGCGAUCACUGCAUUAAUUAUCUUCUGGUCCAUCCCUUCUGCCUUCGUUGGAAUGAUCUCGAACGUUGCUUAUCUGAGCAAACUCCUCCCUUUCCUCAGUUUUAUUAACAAACUGCCAGAUGUAAUUAAGGGGGUCAUCAGCGGAUUGCUUCCCGCUGUUGGCCUUGCUUUGCUGAUGGCAUUGGUACCGGUUAUUCUGAGAUUUUUCGCGAGGCAAACAGGUCUUCCGACCACUGUUGCCGUGGAGCUAUUCACACAAAACACCCACUUUUGCUUCCAGGUCGUUCAGGUAUUCCUCGUCACAACUUUGACAUCCGCGGCGUCGGCGGCAACUAGCCAAAUCAUCAAAGAUCCCAUGUCAGCAAAGGACUUGCUGGCGAAGAACCUUCCAAAGGCGUCAAAUUUCUAUAUUUCCUACUUCCUCCUUCAGGGCCUAGUCUUGAGCGCUGGCGCCGUGGUGCAAGUGGUGGGAUAUGUAGUUUUUAAAAUAUUUGUUGCAUUUUUUGAUGCAACCCCGCGCAAGCUGUAUGCGCGAUGGACGUCGAUGAGCGGAUUACAAUGGGCUACGGUCUUGCCAGUUUUCACAAAUAUGGUCGUGAUUGCAAUCACAUACUCCUGUGUCGCACCUAUUAUCCUCGGGUUUGCGUCGUUCGGCUUAUACAUGGUAUAUCUGGCCUAUCGCUACAAUCUUCUUUUUGUCUACGACUCCGACGUGGACACCAAGGGUUUGAUAUACCCACGUGCCCUGCAACAAGUCAUGACUGGUAUAUAUCUCGCAUCGGUAUGCAUGAUUGGCCUGUUUGCCAUCCGGGGUGCGAUAGGGCCAGUCAUAUUGAUGGUCCUCUUCACCAUCUUAACAAUUCUAGCACAUAUCUCCCUCAAUGAUGCACUGGGCCCACUACUUUCUGCUCUCCCACGAACACUGGAACAAGUUGAAAAGAUGAUUGAUGACAACGAGGAAGGUGAAGAACAAGGCUACGCAGAAGAAAGGGAUAAUGCAAGCAGCUCCCGAGCGUACGCAACAAGCGAAAAAUCUCCAAUAAGCCCGGCAACGGCAAGCAACGAGAUCAGCCUCCCGAGCCCAUCAUCUGUCCCCUCCAGAUUCAAACGCAAAGCCCAAACGACCAUAACUGUGACCGAAAGAGCGGGGACGGGCAUGUCCACUGAGAUCUUCCCCUCGUCCCCACCAACGCCCGGCACUUUCCACACUCUCACCUACAAAUUCUCCUAUUUCAUGCACUCGCUCGUAGAACCAAACAUGUACAUGGACUAUGAGACGCUGCGCAAGAGAGUCCGGCAAGGUGCCCCGAUAGAAUACACAGAUGAAGUGGCGGAUAACGCCUAUUAUCCGCAGUCAGUGUGGAGUCCGACUCCGCUGCUCUGGGUGCCACGCGAUGCGGGCGGGGUUAGUCGCCGUGAGGUAGAGUUGACCAGCCGUGUGACGCCAAUUACAGAUGAGGAGGCGCAUCUGGAUGAGAAGAACAAGGUCAAGUGGGAUAAAGUAAAGAGCCAGCCUCCGAUCUGGCAGGAAAAGAUAUUUUAUUGA